UUCAGUUGUGGCCUGGUUAGGGAGCACCAAAAUGGAUUGUUUCCCAUUGCCGGGUGUUCCAAGAGCCCCAGAGGAGAGCUCAGGGGGCCAAGGAAUGGAGAGCAGGGACUGUGCAGGAGCUUCAUUGGUAUCAGUCCAGCUGCCCUUUUUUCCUUAUAUGUGCUCCCUGAGAAUGUUCUCCCCUCUCCUGCCCCCCAUUGGUCCUGGUUUACUGCAAUGCUCCACCCCUGCUACCUCAUUGGUUCCCCAGUUGGCUGCCCCUCCUCUGCACCACCUGUGCUCACUUCCCAUUGGCCCUUGACCCUGAGAUCCGCCCCUUUCCCCCCUUAUCAAACCCUGUGUUCUCAGCCCCAUUUUGUCCCUGUCCCUGGACCCUCUACAUUGCAAUAAACUGUGUUUGGAGCUCUGCACAAAGAGCCGUCUCUGGCCUUGUCCAUCAGCAGGAUUUCUGAUUCCCAAACCUUGGGUGGAUGGAGGCUGCCAGGAAGAGGAAGAUGCCCCAGGACACCCAGGGAGAGACCAGGGAGGACAAAUCUCUGCGGCAGAACCUUGUGGAAGAGGCCAUUUUGAGCGACGCCACGGGGCAGGAAUCCAACAGGGAGGAAAAGGCACUGAGAUCCCCCAGGAGGAGGGCCUGCAAACCCAACCCAGGGUGCUCUGAGGAGGAAAGACCCACCCUGAGGCAGGAAGGUGGACAGAGCUUCAGCCAGGGAUCAGAGCUGGUGGCCUAUGGGCAGCUUCAUGGUGGGGAGAAGCCCUACAAGUGCUUGGAGUGUGGGAAGAGCUUCAGGCAGAGCUCACACCUGAUCAGCCACCAGAUGAUCCACACUGGGGAAUGGGCCUACGAGUGUGGGGAGUGUGGGAAGGGCCUCAGGUGCAGCUCAGAACUCGUCAGGCAUGAACUCAUCCACACUGGGGAAAGGCCCUACGAGUGUCCCCAUUGUCUGAAGAGGUUUCAGACCAGCUCCAGUCUCCUGCGCCACCAGCGGAUUCACACAGAGGAGCGGCCCUUCUGCUGCCCCGACUGUGGGAAGGGCUUCAAGCACAACUCCAACCUCAUCAGGCACCGGCGCAUCCACACCGGGGAGAGGCCCUACGAGUGUCCCCGGUGUGGGAAGAGCUUCACCCAGAGCUCCAACUUGACCAGACACCAACGAAGGCACCGGUAAGGGAAGCCGUGCAAAUGUCCCAACUGCAGGAAGAGCUUCUUGCACUUCUUCAGCUUCAUCCACCAUUGGAGAACCCACACUGGGAAGAGCCCUGGUGAUCUAUGUUCACUGUGAUCCAUGCUCGGAAACACUCGUCUGUAUUCCUGCCCCUGCCAAUGGCAUGAUGUGGGAUUGAAGAACAUGAAGGUCUGGCCAUGGCCAUGUCAUUACAUUCACUCCCACCUCGGGUCAUUGCCAGGGACAGGGAAAGGGAUUCUCUCUCUCUCUGCCUGAGGACAAGGGUGUCCUUUCCAGGCAGGAUGAAAUACUAGGCCCAGAAGAGCCAGGGAUUUGUGUUGUAGUUUUCCAUGUAAAUAAUUUUUCUUAUCCCUUCUGUUAUCAAUAUUGUUUCUGUUCCUGUUUUUUAUCUCGUUGAUG